AUGCGCCGAUACUAUUAGCAACCCGAGUAAACAUUAGUUUCGGUUGAUAUACAAAACAGGAAAAUUUUGUAAAUCGUACCCUUUGAAAAUGGGUAAAACUUUAUCAACAGUAGCACAGUGGACAUCCGCUGCUGGAUCGAAGCGUCUAGAAUUCUCACCUAAAAAUGAAACUAUUUUAAAUAGCAUAGUAUCUUUUGCCGAAAACUAUGCAUCAAACAAUCCAGAAGAAGCUCAAAUGCUAUUUAAGAAAGCUCUCGUCUGGAAAACCAAGUUGAGACCGAGCGAACUCAAUCUAAAUGCUGAAGGAGACAUGUUCGUUUCCGGUGACAAACACAAAUCUGGACAAUCUUUGAUAACCUACAAGAAAGCUGGGAAUGAAGUUAGCGUUCAUUGCCUACAAAGCCUUAUUCAGCUUUUCUCCUCAGCUGGAGACUGUAAAAUGGAGGAAGCUAGAUUUUGUUUGGAAGGAAAUUCUGAUCCUUUGGCAAAUAUGUGUGGAGAUAGAUUCGCAACGGUCGACAGUGAAGAUAACUCCACCCUUCGUUACGUUGAAGAAAUUCUUAAGAGCAAAGGUCAAGGAAAAGGUGAAGGUGAACAAGACGAAGAAAAUGAAAAAGAAACAGAGAUGCUUAUGAUAAUGAGAAUGGUUAUGACCAUAAUAGAAUUUGAUAAUAAACUAAUGAAAGAUUCAUUAGUUGGAAUGACACAUGAAAUUCGUCUUUCACCUUCCCAAGCAAAUAGAGAAAUAGACCUACUAUCUAAGAUUGCUGGUAAAGAUGAAGAAAAACACGCUCUCCUAGCGAUCUCCUAUACGAAACCCUAUACCUAUGAGUUUGCUAAUGGCUGUAGAGCCCCCUUCCAUGGUCAAUUAAAAGGCGAUUUAUGCUAUACAAGUUGUAAACUACACGAUUCUGAUGAAACUCUUUACGUCACUGCUAAUACUGAUGGAUGGUUUGUCAAUAAGGGGCCAUCUGAUGACAAGGAUAAAGAAUUUCAAAAAGAAGAGGAAUGUUAUCGUUCCCUUGUAGCUCUUCUUAGAGAAAAGAGCGCGAAAUUUGGAGAAAAUAUUGAUAAACAGGAAUUCAAGAAAAAUCAAAAAUCGUCUUUGGAAAAGGAAAUUGAAACAGAGAAUAGAGGUAAAAGAGAUGGAGGAAGAUCAAAUUCUCAAUCAAAGAUUAAGGACGAUGGCGGGCACGAUGAUAGGAAGCAUUUAAAAAAGAAAUCUGAAAGAAAAUUAGAACCGUCAGUUAAAUGGAAAUUGCUGGGAGUGUCUAAAACGGACGAAGAAGAAUCGGAGAAAAAGAAAUAUGGAAAACCUCAGAGUGUCACCAUUAGUAAAGGAUCACCGUUAAGAUAUCAAUCAGAUGAUGAACCCUUUGAAGAAAGUUCAUCCGAAUCUGGUGAAGAAGAAGAAAUUGUUGAACGAAGACCAGAGGCAACUUCAGAUCUGCCUUCCGAAUAUUGGCAAAUUCAGAAAUUGGUUAAAUACCUAAAAGGAGGAAAUCAAACUGCUACAAUGAUUGCCUUAUGUGCACUUCGAGAUUUUAACUUAGCAACAGUCGAAAACUGUCAGCUAGCAGUUAGGGAUCUUGGAGGAUUGGAUGUUCUUAUUAAUCUUUUGGACACUGAGGAGUCCAAGUGUAAAAUGGGAGCGCUUAUUAUUCUUAGAGAUAUCUCCAAUAAUGCUCACAUAAGACGUGCAAUAGCCGAUUUGGGUGGUUUGCAAACUAUGGUGAAAAUUCUCAGAGAUCCAAACAAAGACCUAAAAUGUUUGGCAGCUGAAACUAUUGCCAAUGUAGCUAGGUUUCGUAGAGCACGCAGAACUGUUAGAAGACAUGGAGGUAUUAAGAAAUUGGUUGGAUUAUUGGAUUGUACACUUCCAAAAUCGGAUAAUGUAUCGGAAGAGGAAGAAAAGAAUAUAGAAGUUGCUAGAAGUGGUGCUCUGGCCCUUUGGUCCUGCAGUAAGAGCACUAAAAAUAAAGAAAGUAUGAGGAGAAAUGGAGCAAUUCCGCUGCUUGCUCAACUAUUGAAAUCACCCCAUGAAAAUAUGCUUAUACCCGUUGUAGGAACAUUACAAGAGUGCGCCUCGGAGCAUGAUUAUCGAUUAGCUAUUAGAACGGAGGGAAUGAUACAGGACCUCGUCAAAAAUCUUAAAUCAAAGAAUCCAGAGCUACAAAUGCAUUGUGCCAGCGCUAUUUUCAAGUGCGCAGAAGAAAAAGAAACUAGAGAAUUAGUAAGGAAAUAUGGUGGCUUAAAUCCGUUAGUGUCAUUGUUAGAAUCUAGAGAAGAUAAACUUCUUCUAACGGCUGCCACAGGAGCUAUCUGGAAAUGCUCGAAAUCUAGAGAAAAUGCCCAAAAAUUCCAAGAAUUGAAGACUAUUGAUACACUAGUUAGCCUUCUGCAAGACCAACCUGAAGAAGUUCUUACAAACGUUGUCGGAGCCUUGUCCGAAUUAGCACAAGAUCCACCAAAUAGGUUACAAAUAAGAAAAGCAGGUGGUCUUCCUGCUCUAAUAGAAUUAUUAACAGGAACUAAUAAGGCAUUGUUAGUAAAUGUUACAAAUGCGGUCGGUCAAUGCGCUGAAGAAUCAUCCAAUAUGGACGUAAUCGAUAAGCUAGAUGGAGUAAGAUUACUUUGGAGUCUUUUAAAAAAUCCAUCAACUGAAGUUCAGAGUUCAGCAGCUUGGGCAAUUUGUCCUUGCAUCGAAAACGCCAAAGAUGCUGGAGAAAUGGUUCGUUCGUUUGUUGGAGGUUUGGAGUUGAUUGUCAACCUCCUAAAGUCUGAUGACAAAGAAGUUUUGGCGUCAGUUUGCGCAGCAAUAGGUCAUAUAGCUAAGGAUGAAGAGAAUUUAGCAGUUAUUACUGACCAUGGCGUGGUUCCAAUGCUCGCCCAACUAACUAAUAGAACAUCAGACAAGUUAAGAAGGCACUUAGCAGAGGCCAUAGCUAGAUGUUGUAAUUGGGGGAAAAAUAGAGAGUCGUUUGGUAACGCAAAAGCUGUUGCUCCCCUUGUCAAAUAUCUUAAGUCAAAAGAUAUGGACGUGCAUAGAUCAACUGCCUGUGCUCUUCACGAAUUGAGUAAACAUCCCGACAAUUGUAUUACAAUGCACGAAAACGGAGUAGUAAAGUUACUGAUUGACAUGGUCGGUUCAAAAGACGAUAUUCUCCAAGAAGCUGCAGCCGGUUGUAUUGGAAAUAUAAGAAGGCUAGCAUUGGCAAAUGAACGUUCUAAGCACAAAUAACUCUUUAACAUCCAAUCAUAAUUACAGGUUUUUUUGCUAUAAUCACUUAUUUAAUUAAUAAAAGAAUAUGUAUACUGAAUAUCUGUUAUUUUUAUUAUUUAGUAAAUAAACGGGUUUUAUUUCGU